AUGUAUACCAAUCCUUGGAAUCCAGGGGGUAAAAAUCCCCCUGUGAGCAAUCCCACUGCGCCGCCUCCUGAGGGACCCCGCGUGUGGGAUCCUCCGCUGCCACCACCGCAGCCACCGAUUUGGGACAUGUUUACAAAGCCCCCGCCAGGUUAUGUUAAGCCAGGGUCAGAUUCACUUGUACGAUCUCCACUUCAGCUGGCUUGUGAGGAAGCUCACACGCAAGGAGAAUCUACAAGACACUUUGGCGUGUAUCUCCUUUUUGUGAGAACUGAUCAGGCAGGAAAUCAAGUUAGGGAGUGGAGACCUUUUCAGUGGAAACAGGUAAAAGAAUUGAAAGAGGCAUGUGCUCAGUAUGGCCCUAUAGCUCCUUUUACUAUGGCCAUUAUUGAUGCAUUAACGGGGGACGCUACCCCCCCGGAGGACUGGAAACACAUCGCUCAUGCCUGCCUUUCUGGAGGCGAUUACCUUUUAUGGAAAUCAGAAUUUUAUGAAAAUUGUAAGACAAAGGCUAAUGAGAAUGCAUUGAGACAAAUUCCUGUUACUUUCGAUAUGCUGGCAGGAGAAGGCUUGUAUGCCGAGUUAAGAAAUCAGAUGGGCUACAUGCCUGGUGCUUACGGCCAGAUUGCUGCGGCAGCUAAGGAUGCCUGGCGAAUGCUGCCUGAUUCCUCCCGCAAAGAAGAACAAGUAACUCAAAUAAGACAAGGAGCCGAUGAACCUUUUCAGGACUUUGUGUCUCGCCUCAGUACGGCUGCGGGGCGAACUUUUGGUUCAACAGUGGCCACUCAGGCUUUUAUUAAACAGCUUGCUUAUGAGAAUGCUAAUUCUGCCUGUCAAGCAGUUAUCAGACCAUUUAGAAAAAAAGGAACUUUAUCUGAUUUUAUUUGCCUGUGUGCCGAUGUGGGCCCGUCUUUUUCUCAAGGUAUAGCCCUAGCCGCAGCUUUACAAGGCAAACCUAUCAAAGAAGUAAUGUAUCAACAGGCAAAACUCCAUGCAGGGAGUCGUUCUGGGGCUUGUUUUACUUGUGGAAAAUUGGGACAUCGAGCGGCUCAAUGCCCUCGCAAAGCCGAGCCCGAGAAUUCAGCGGCUCCCACAAAAAAGCCGCCAGAUAUAUGCCCUAAGUGUAGGAGAGGAAAGCAUUGGGCUAAUGAAUGCAAGUCUAAGACAGAUAAGGAUGGAAAGCCGAUCCAGGGAAACUGGGUGAGGGGCCAGCCCCAGGCCCCGAAUCAACAAUGUUAUGGGGCACUACAAAUUCCGGAGCAGAUACAGGGACAAAAAGGGAACGGGUCCCUGAAAGAAAACAUAUCACAGAUCUAUUCAGGGCCACCGCAGGCAGCGCAGGAUUGGACUUGUGUUCCACCACCGACAUCGUAUUAACUCCUGAAAUGGGAAUGCAAGCAUUGCCCACAGGUGUUUUUGGGCCCCUACCCCCAAAAACUGUAGGUUUAU